AGAAAGAAAGCAAAAUUCAUUACAUUGUCUUUUCAUUGUCCCCACUAACACUGAGAAAAUACCUGUCUGUUUCUCUAAAUUUUACAGUAGGAAAUAUGUUAAAUGUGUCCUUGUUGAGUUAAAACUCCAGGGCACAUUAGUAAGAAAGGAAAGAUCAUCUUUAAAACAGAACCAUCUGAAAGUUAAGAUGGCAGCUGGAGCUUGAGUUUCAGUUUCACUUUUCUGCAGAGUCAUCACAUCAGUGCACCACUAAGCUGGCUCAUUAAUGCCUAACAUGCACUAGACUAGACUUUGAAAAUACCUUUAAAAGACAAAAGUCUGACACCCUCUCUCAUCUGAAGACACCAUAACAUUUUUCAAAGACCGGGGAUCUUGCAAGGUCACUAUUAGAUUCCUUUCAUUUCUCAUCCUGCUCCUAGUGAAAAAUAUUGCACCAAACUCCCUUUAAUAAAUAUGACACAUUAACAAUUCCUUGUGUGUCCUCAAACACACAUAAGUCUGGAAACACAGGAUAAAAUGUGUCACAUGUUGACAGUAUUCUUGUCAAUUCAGCAUCACUAUAAUCCAUAAAGAUAAACUAUAUUUGCACACAAACUUAACACUUUGGCUUUGUUGCCUAAACUCCCCACUAGCCUUUGUUGGUUAAGCUAUGAUAUUUAAGUUGGACUAGACCAUGUGAAUGAGAGGCAAACCAUUUUAAAAAAUUUGGAUUUCUGAGUAAAAUAAGUGCCGGCUGAUGAUUAGACACCCGUUUUCAUUUUAUUAAGGCUUAAAGUUAUGCAUAAUUAAGUGCAUCAUGCAUCAGAGCCACCCCUCAUUCCUCCACAACACCACAUAUGGUCACUAAUGGUUCCACAAAAACAAAGAUGGCGAUGGCCGAACUCGAGGUUUCAAAGAGAAGACAAACCAAUGUGUGACGUCACAGUAGCUUCGUCAUUAUUGUUACAGUCUGUGGCUGCAAUAUUAAUGUCAUGAACGCAUGAAUGCAUCAAUAAUUAUUAUACAAUAAUGUACUAUAUGAUAUUCUGAAAUGAGCCAUUCUGCAUAAGGAGUACUUUUACCUUGGAUAUGCUGUAUGUCUUUAUGCCAACAUUGUUUUUGUACUUUUACUUAUGUAAGGUUUUCAAUGCAAGAUUUUAAGCCUACUUUACACAGAGUAUUUUUACAGUGUGGUAUAAGUAGGGCCUAUAAAGUUCUGAGUGCUAAUAAUGCAUCAUAAUUUAUAAGUUAAUUAUAUUUUGCAUUAUCUGAAUCUCCAAAGUAACUAAGGGUUAAAGAAAAAAUUAAGUAAGGUGCAAUAUUUGCCUCCAUGAUGUAAUGGAGUAGCAGUAGCCUAUGAAGUAGCAUGAAAUUUAAAUAGCCUACUGUAAUGUAAAGUACCUCAAAAUUCUACUUAGGUACAGGUACUAUUAUUAAAGUUAUGAAAUGAAAAUGGAUUGGCAGGGUCGUAACCUAGCAACAGCAGCAGAUGUUUGUAAGAGACCAAACUGUUAUGACUCACUUUUUACUGUUAAGUCACCUCUGAGGACAUUUCUCUGGAGAAAAGGUUUCUGUGUUUAGCACCAUGUCAAAGCAGACGGAUGGACAGAGGCAGCAGCUGGAUGCAGUCACUGAAGAGAUAUUUAGGCUGGUUGACAGAACACUAACGGAUUAUGAGGAGGUGGUAUCUCGUUUAAAAGAAAAUGAGGAACGACACAAACUUCUGGAUGCUGUUUCCAACACCAAAGUUCAAUCAGUGUUCCCUGCAGAUGCUCCCCCUGAGGUGAGCCCCAGUCUGGACCAGGAGGACCCAGAGCACCCACACAUUAAAGAAAAACAGCAGGACUUCUGGACCAGUCUGGCGGGGGAUCAGCCUCGAGGACUGGAGGAGGCUGAUAUCACCAAGAGUGAAGAUGAUCAAGAAAGCCAAACUGGGGAGAGCACAGAGGCUGCAGCAGGCAGCUCAGCUCAACAGAUGGAAACAGAGGCAGCCAGCAGCUCAGACUCACAUCGACCAUCAUCAUCUAUCACAGGACAGAAACCAUGGCGCUGCAGCGUUUGUGAAAUUAGAUUCAGCUACAAGAGCCUUCUGCAGAGACACGUGAGAGUCCGUAAGGGAUGGAAACCAUUUGGUUGUAGCGUUUGUGAGAAACGAUUUCUCUGCAAGAAGAGAAAAACCACUUGGUUGUAGCAUUUGUGAGAAAAGACUUUGCAGUA